GCAACAACAGUUUGCAGAACCUAUCAAGCCAAAUAAUCCCCCCUUUCCCUCCCAAAAUGCAGUUCUUCAACUUCUUUUCCCUUUUCCUUUUUGUGUCAUUCCUCUUUUUAUUUAAGAAAUUGAAGAAUUCCAAUAGCCAAACCAAAAGAUUGCCUCCAGGUCCAUGGAAAUUACCUAUUAUUGGAAGCAUGCUUCAUUUGCUAGGUGGAUUGCCACAUCAUGUCCUUAGAGAUUUAACCAAAAAAUAUGGACCAAUUAUGCACCUUCAACUAGGCGAAGUUUCUCACAAAAUAGAUCAGCCUUUGGACAAGAAUACAGGGAGCAAGAUGAAUUUGCACGAUUAGUCAAAAAAGUGUCAAACUUAAUGGAAGGGUUUGAUGUGGCUGAUAUAUUCCCUUCAUUGAAGUUUCUUCAUGUGCUUACUGGAAUGAAGGCUAAAGUGAUGGAUGCACACAAUGAACUAGAUGAGAUUCUUGAUAAUAUCAUCACUGAGCACAAGAAGGUUACAAAGACCAAUUGUGAAUCAGGAAGUGAAGGUAUAAUUGAUGUACUGCUAAGACUUAUGAAGGAAGGAGGUCUUCAAUUUCCAAUCACUAACGACAACAUCAAAGCUAUUAUCUUUGACAUGUUUGCUGCGGGAACAGAAACUUCAGCAACAACAAUUAAUUGGGCCAUGGUCGAAAUGAUGAAGAAUCCAAGUGUAUUUGCCAAAACUCAAGCAGAGGUAAGAAAAAUCUUGAGAGGGAAAGAAACUUUUGGUGAAAUUGAUGUCGAUGAGUUCAAAUACCUAAAGAUGGUCAUUAAAGAAACUUUCAGACUCCACCCUCCGCUACCUCUUUUGCUUCCAAGAGAAUGUAGAGAAGAAACAGACUUAAAUGGCUACACUAUUCCAUUGAAAACAAAAGUCGUGGUUAAUGUUUGGGCAAUGGGAAGAGAUCCAAAAUAUUGGGAUGAUGUAGAAAGCUUUAAACCUGAGAGAUUUGAAAAUAACUCUAUGGAUUAUACUGGUAAUAAUUUUGAAUAUCUUCCAUUCGGUAGCGGAAGGAGAAUUUGCCCUGGAAUAUCAUUUGGUUUAGCAAAUGUUUAUUUUCCACUAGCUCAAUUGUUGUAUCAUUUUGACUGGAAACUCCCAACUGAAAUCAAUCCAAGUGAACUAGACUGACUGAGGCGGCUGGAGCAGCUUGUGCUAGAAAGAAUGACCUACACUUAAUCGCUACUCCUUAUAAACAUUGUCAAGAGUGAUCUCAUGGCGUCAAACCUUUUCUUAAAAGAAGAAUCUUGCAAUUGAAUUUCGUUGUCAACCACUGUACUUUCUUCCUUUGCUGCUUUGGUUCUAGUAUUUGCGUCGUCUUGCAUAUAGAAAUAUGUCAUUAUAGUUUUCGACACAAGCUGUCUAAUAAGAUUUUCUGUUGUUUUUA